UGGACCGGUGUUGUCUCCCGACGGUGCCGAGGUGCUGGUCGGCAACGUGUUCGUCGGCUGCAUACACGAGGGCCCGCAGCUCGAGUUCCACGCCAGCGCCCAGCUGAGGAACGUGGAGUUUGGGGAGUGCCCACUCACGAACAACUGCACCGUGCGGCAAGAAGACGUGCAACAGCAUCUCCCCCGGGACCGGUGCUACAACGAGCCCUGCAUGCGGCACGGGACCUGCAUAUCCAGGCUUGACAACUAUGAGUGCAUCUGUUCAGCGCGGUACACCGGCAAGAACUGCGAGGUGGACACGGGGGACCCCUGCGCCUCCGGCCCCUGCCAGCAUGCGGGGCGGUGUGUCGAGGACGCACGCGGUGACUACCAGUGCGUCUGCGACCCGCGGUACCACGGAGUGCAUUGCGAGCUGGAGGUGUCCGAGGAUCCGCUAUGCGUGGCCGGGCCGUGCCGGAACAACGGUAGCUGCAGCGUGCCGCCCACCGCCGACACCUACGUCUGCUCCUGUCCCCCUGGAUACACCGGCCGAAACUGCGAAACUGAUGUGGACGAGUGCGCCUCCUCGGGCGCCAGCGUGGCCUGCCUCAACGGAGGCCGGUGCGUCGACGCGGUCAACAACUUUACGUGCGACUGCUCCGGUACCGGUUACACGGGGCCCCGUUGCGAGUCCAACGUCAAUGAGUGCCUCGAGGAGCGGGACAUAUGCGGCCACAACGGGCUGUGCUACGACACGUACGGCGGGUUCGUGUGCGUCUGCCAGCCGGGGUACACGGGCGAGCGCUGCCACAGGGUACGUUACACGGGUGCAGUGACACAGACAUGUGCGGCCACAACGGGCUGUGCUACGACACGUACGGCGGGUUCGUGUGCGUCUGCCAGCCGGGGUACACGGGCGAGCGCUGCUACAGGGUACGUUACACGGGUGCAGUGA